AUGAAACUUGCUGAGCCAACUAAAGUAUUGGGGCAAGAAAGUGACUCAUCAGAAACUUCAGUCCGUGGUCCACGCAUCAAACAUGUGUGUCGUCGUGCAGCGGUGGCCCUCGGUCGCAAUCGGGCAGUGUUUCCUGAUGACAUGCCCACACUUAGUGCCUUGCCCUGGGAAGAAAGAGAAAAGAUUUUAUCUUCCAUGGGAAAUGAUGACAAGUCAUCUGUUGCUGGUUCGGAAGAAGCAGAGCCACAAUCUCCACCAAUUAAGCCACGAGAAACGAGACACAAACCUAUUCAAGAUGCUCCCCCUAAAAAAGGAAGGCGUUCACGGCGCUGUGGCCAAUGCUCAGGCUGUCAGGUACCAGAAGACUGUGGUGAAUGUACUAACUGUCUUGACAAGCCCAAAUUUGGAGGACGAAAUAUCAAAAAGCAAUGCUGCAAGAUGAGAAAGUGUCAGAACCUUCAGUGGAUGCCAUCAAAGAUUCUGCUGAAACAAGGGAAAGGCAAAAAAGAGAAGAGAAGGAACAAGGUGUCUGAGAAGAAGGAUUCUGCCAAUACAGUUAAAGAGUCUAAUGCUGAGUCUACAAUGAAACCUACUCCUUCCUCACCAAAGGAGGAGUCUUUGGAUUCUUCAGAGCCCUCUGCUGUCUCUGAGGUCAAACAGCUAACCAGUGUGUCCACCCAAAGCUCUCCAGUCAAGACAUCAGUGCUUCAUCUAGCUCAACAGAAGAAUUGGCCAACUGUUAAUCAAACACUCUCCAAAAAGGAGUCUCCCAAAAGUGAUCCCAGAAAAUCCCUGCAGGAGUCCCCCAUUCUACCCUCUUCAAUUACACCAGAUUCAGACUUGAAAAGAACAAAAAGCUCAAUUUCUUGGCCGGACCUUUCAAAACAGCGACCAAAAGACAAGGCACUGACCACUAAGCCACACCACAGCAGUAAUUUAAACUGGCUAAGCACUCCCUCGACUAGGGGCCCAGCAAAGUCCAGAGCAACUUGCGACGGAGUGCAUCGCAUCAGAGUGGAUUUAAAGAGAGACCAUGAUGUUGAUAAAGUGUGGGACGUAGGAGGCCUCAGCCUGCUCACCUCUGGACCAGUCACACCCAGAGUGCUGUGCCUCUUGUGUGCAAGCAGCGGGAAUGUGGAGUUUGUGUACUGCCAGGUGUGCUGUGAGCCAUUCCAUCUUUUUUGCUUGGGCGAGUCAGAGCGCCCUCAUCAAGAGCAGUUUGAAAAUUGGUGUUGUCGAAGGUGUAGAUUUUGCCAGGCUUGUGGACGCAAACACCACAAAAAUAAACAACCACUACUUGAGUGUGACAAGUGCCGUAACAGCUAUCACCCGGAGUGCCUGGGUACCAACUACCCGAGCAGACCCACCAAAAAGAAAAAAAUCUGGGUUUGCAGCAAUUGCGUGUGCUGCAAAAGUUGUGGUGCCACAAAGCCUGGAAAAUCAUGGAAUGCCCAAUGGUCACAUGACUUUUCAAUGUGUCAGGAAUGUGCCAAAGUCAGUUUUAAAGGGAAACUCUGCCUUCUGUGUAAUAAGUGCUAUGAUGAAGAUGAUGACUGUGGAAGAAGAAUGAUGCAGUGCGGCCAUUGUAAAUUCUGGGUUCACGCCAAGUGUGAGAAAUUGACAGAUGAAAUGUAUGAGCUUCUGCCCAACCUCCCAGAGAGCGUUGCCUUCACAUGCACCAAGUGUACAGACUGCUGUCCAAGCCUGUGGCGAACAGAACUGGAAAGGAAUCUUCAGAGCUGCAUUCGAACUGUCCUUAAUGCCUUGCUGAACUCUCAUACAUCUAUGCACCUUUUGCGCUUUAGGCAGCAAUCUGUAAAACCUCCAGAGUUAAACCCAGAAACCGAAGAAAGGCAGCCGUCGCGUCGAUCUCCAGAGGGGCCUGAUCCCCCAGUUCUCAUGGAGGCUACUUCUGAACCCAGCGACUCGCCACAAGAUUUAGAGUCGGUUGAAAAGAAAAUGGAUUUGGGUUGCUACAAGUCAGUGAUGGAGUUUGGUGAUGAUAUUGCUAGAAUAAUUCAGACAUCAAUCCACAGUAGUGGUGGCCAGCUUGAGAGCCGCAAAGCUAACGGCAUGGUCAAAGCCUUUUUCAUUCGGCAAAUGGAUCGCAUCUUCCCGUGGAUCAAAGUAAAAGAGUCAAGGUUCUGGGAAAGACAAAAAGUCUCAGCCAGUGUCCUCCUCCCAAAUGCAGUACUGCCGCCAUCGUUAGACCAUAACUAUGCCCAGUGGCAGGAGAGACAGGAACUGUCUCGAGCAGUGCAGCCCCUCUUCACAAAGAAGAUCAUUCCAGCUCCCUCCCCCCAGAGCCAGAGUGGACCAGAUCCAGCCUCAUCUCCUUCGGUCCAUCCGUCUCUUAUCAGACCUCUUCCACUAUCACCUGGAGAUGAGGACAGCCCAGAUUCUCCAGUUCCACCUGGUAUUGGCGACAAUAGACAAUGUGCUUUAUGCCUCAAGUAUGGUGAUGAGAAUAAUAAUGAAGGGGGCAGGCUGCUUUACAUUGGACAGAAUGAAUGGACUCAUAUCAACUGUGCCCUUUGGUCUUCUGACGUGUUUGAGGAUGAUAAUGGCUCCCUAAAAAAUGUUCAUUUAGCUGUUCUUCGAGGAAAGGAAAUGAGCUGUGAGAAAUGUCAGAGGCCUGGGGCUACAGUUUCCUGCUGCCUUACAUCUUGCUCCAAUAACUACCACUUUAUGUGUGCACGCCAAUGUCAAUGCAUCUUCCUGGAGGACAAGAAGGUGUAUUGUUCAAAGCACAGAGAUUUGAUCAAAGGACAUGCUGUGUCUGGGUUUGCUGUGACUCGCAGAGUGCUGGUGGACAUAGAGAGCAUGAGCCUCAAGAAGAAGUGGCUGUCAGGACUAGAACCUGAUGAUAUCCACAUGAUAAUUGGUUCCAUGACAAUUGAUUGUUUGGGAAAACUGACAGAGCUGUCAGACUGCAAACGCAAGCUUUUUCCAGUUGGCUACCAAUGCUCAAGAGUGUAUUGGAGUACCAUAGAUGCACGGAAGCGCUGUGUGUACACCUGUAGGAUCCUGGUUUGUCAUUCUGCAGUGUCAGAGUGUGAUCUGAGAAGCACCAUGGCGCCUGAACACAAUCUCACAAUAGCACACAGCCCCUCUCCUGUAGCAGAUUUUCCAGAUCCAUUUGAGUCCCCAAGACGUUCUGACACACUUUCACCCUCAUGCGCCCCUAAACUCAGGGUUUACACUAGAAAUCGCCACCCAAGUUACCCUCCGGCCGGGCCUCGACCUUUGAUUUCUUCAGGUGGUACUUCGCAAAUCCAAAGCCAUCCAGUUGUGACAGCAGGGCAUUCACUGCCUAAUCCCUCGGGAGGCGGCAGGGAGAUUCACUUCUCCUCACCCUCCGCUAACAGUGACAGUUCAGAGUCAGACACACAACCUCACGCUGCAGAAGUGUCUCUACCAAGAGGGUAUUCUCAAGGCCUUCUCGCAGAGGACGACCCAGAAGGGCAGGAUGAUGACCAUCAGAGCUUAGAUGACAAACAUCAUGAUGAUGACAGUGAUGGUUCAGGCUCAGCAAAGAGACGUUAUCCUCGCCGCAGUGCACGUGCCCGCUCAAACAUGUUUUUUGGUCUCACACCUUUUUAUGGAGUUCGCUCUUAUGGUGAAGAAGAUCUUCAUUUCUACGGCAGUGAGGAGGUAGCUGGGUCAAUGGUCAAGAAAAGAUCAGGAGUUCGAAAGAAGUCUGCUGAAGGACAAGUGGAUGGAGCAGAUGAUAUAAGUUCAUCUUCUUCAUCUGGUGAUAGUGGUGAAGAUGAUGGUAGCCAUAACCCAUAUUACUACAACUUCACCCGGACAAUCAUUAAUCCUGGGGAGGGUCUCCCAUCUAUAGAAGGGAUAGACCAAUGCCUCGGGCAAGAGUCCCAACUUCAGCGCUUUUUAAAAGAUGAGGAGCAACAGAAAAGGCAAGCGGACACUGAGGAGGAUCUGCUAAGUGAAUUGUCCUUGGGACAGCAGCAUAUUGGUCAGCUGGAUGGUGUUGACGAUGGAUCCGAGAGUGACACAAGCAUUUCCACGACCAGCACAACAAACACCAUAGCCACCUCCACUCCACCUAAGAACACCCCCAAGAGAAGGACAAGGGAAAGGCACUCUGACAAGAUGGACUCACACCCUUCCAACAAAGAUUCUGACAACAGUGGUGGUCCAGGGGGUGGAAACACACGAGAAGGCAGGAAACACCAGAAGGAAAACUGUCUUCCUCAUGUUGGAAAGUCUCAGGCACAAAGCCAGGAUCCUCUUGAUGCUCAGCUAUCCCUCAGCACUGAUCUGCUCAAGUCUGACUCUGACAACAACAACAGCGAUGACUGUGGUAACAUUUUACCAUCUGACAUAAUGGAGUUUGUUCUCAACACACCCUCUUUGUCCAUGCAGACUUUGGGCCAACAGGCUGAGUCUUCCUCAUCAGAACUACUGCUUGAUGAGGGCUUUGUAGGAGUAGAUGUCAACAGACGCAAAGACAUUCUCUUUGAUGACUUUUCACAGCCCCUGUCCAGUUCUGAAAGUGGAAGUGGAAGUGGAGUGGAGAGUAAUGUAAACAACUCCAUGUCUGUGGAGGAACCAUACCUGCCCUUGGAGCUUCCCUCUGACUUGUCUGUCCUCACCACUCGCAGUCCAACAGUAAGCGCCAGUCAGAACCACACUGCUGGCAGUCUCAUAGCUGACCCUUCAGACCGCAGCAUGCUGAACUUAACCACAGACUCUGAAACCAUCAGAGGGCGCAAAAUUAGCCACAAGAAAAGAGAGGAAAAUCAGCACAACACGACUUCUUUGGGAAAUCAAGAUGUGACUGAAGGACACAUGACCCCGGAGCAGUUUAUUCCUAGUCCUGCUAUAGGCCAGGCAGUAGAAACUACUGUGAACCCUGAUGUUCCUCGGGCUGCUGGAACUCCAAGUCUACCAAGCUCUCCAUCUAUCUCACUUAAGGGUGGAGGCCCCAUUAAUGUUCCUGUUCAAACAUCUAUAGCCAGCAGCCUCUGUGUCCUGCCCUCUCAUCAAAGCAUCAGCAUGAGCAAAGGAGAGACUGAAGGCGGUACUGUCCAAUACAACAAAACCCAGACCCUGGAAUCCGGUCAGAACGCGAGCAGUAGAACGACCCCUAUUUCCAGAUCCUAUGAACUGAAGCAGAGUCAUCCCUGCACAAUAGCACCCGCGACAGGAGGAGAGAAGGGCAAGACAAAAGCCAAGAGGAGUUUACAAAAUCCAGAAGUUGUCGGAGGAAAGAAACAUAAAGCCUAUCAGGAGCAUUACAACAGACCGUCAGCAACUCCUUCAGUGAAAGCAAAUUCAAGUUCUAAAGUAUCAUGUUCCUCCGAACCAAUGGACACUGGCAAACCUACAGACAAGUCAACUAACCACGGUAAAAAGAAGACCUCCGAAUGCCCUGGAAAAAUUGUAGGCAAAGGCAAAGUCUCACAUGCCAAAAGAGCAGGGUCUCUCAUUGUGUCAUCUGCACCUGGUCAAGAGGACAACGCCAAAGACUCUGCACUGGACAGCAAGCCUAAGAAGGGCAUCAUCUUUGAAAUUUCAAGUGAAGAUGGCUUCCACAUCCGUUGUGAGAGUAUAGAAGAGGCUUGGAAGUCCCUGACAGAUAAGGUGCAAGAGGCCAGAUUCCACGCUCACCUGAAGGAACUCUCUUUUGAUGGUGUAAAUGCUCUUCGAAUGCUUGGCAUCGUUCACGAGGCAGUGGUUUUCUUGUUAGAGCAGUUGUCUGGCUCCAGACAUUGCCGUAGUUACCGCUUUCGUUUCCACAAGCCUGAAGAGUCCGAUGAGCCUCCAGUCAACCCCCACGGCUCAGCCAGAGCGGAAAUCCACAACAGGAGAUCUGUAUUUGAUGUCUUCAACUUUUUGGCCUCUAAACAUCGGCAGCCUCCUGCGUACCGACCACAGGACGAAGAGGAAGAGGAGGGUCAGCUCAGGGUUGCCAGGCGCGCAUUCAUGGAAUUACCGCUGACUGUGAGGUUCAAACAGAUUAAGACCACAUGUAAAGAAACCGUGGGGGUCUACAGGUCUCCCAUUCAUGGGCGUGGUCUGUUUUGCAAGAAAACUAUUGAUGCUGGAGAGAUGGUCAUAGAAUAUUCCGGAAAUGUCAUUCGUUCGGUUCUCACAGACAAAAGAGAGAAAUAUUAUGACGGAAAGGGCAUCGGAUGUUACAUGUUUCGCAUCGAUGAUUUUGAGGUUGUUGAUGCCACAGUCCAUGGAAAUGCAGCGCGGUUCAUUAACCACUCGUGUGAACCGAACUGCUAUUCCCGAGUCAUCACUGUGGACGGGCAGAAGCACAUCGUCAUCUUUGCCCUUCGCCGAAUCUACUGCGGUGAGGAACUCACCUAUGACUACAAGUUUCCCAUCGAAGACGCCAGCAGUAAGUUGCCCUGCAACUGUGGGGCAAAGAAGUGCCGCAGUUUUCUCAACUGA